AUGUGCAUGCGCAUAUAUGUGCAGCUGCAAGGAGCCGGGGAGGAUGACGCGGAUGUGGAGGCCAUAAGAAAAUACAAAAACAGUGACUAUGAAACUGUCCAAUUCUUGUUUGCCGAAGGAACAAAAGAGCAUCUCCCAGCAGCCUGUUUGUACACACUGGAGACGCCUCGAUUUUAUUUCAUCAUCGUUGUGGCAUGUGCCAGCGUCUUCAUGGGCACCAGUUCCUACGUUCUGUCCCUCACUAGCCUUGUAGCCCUGUUGGCUGUUGGUUGGUACGGCCUGUACGGUGAAUUCCAUGGCUAUGCCAGUCAGUGCCAGCGUGAGGAUAUGCUUGAUAUUAACAAGUCCUACAUGAAGAGUGACAAGAGCUGUUUCUGGGUGGCAGAGAUUGACAGGAAGGUUGUGGGCAUAGUGGGAGCCCAGCCAUCUACAGACUCACAUGAUGAGCUGGUUCUGCAACAUCUCUCAGUUGCCAGGGACUAUUGGCAGCAGCAGCUCGGCACAAAACUCUGCCAGAUGGUCAUUGAUUUUGCCAGGCAGUGUGGCUUCAGAGCUGUGUGUCUGGAGACAGCAAACAUACAACACCCUGCAAUAAAGUUGUAUGAAAGCGUUGGCUUUAAGAAAUCCCUCGCUGUGAUCCCCCCAUUCCUUCUUAGCCAAUAUACAUCUUUCACACUUAUUUAUUACAGAUAUGACAUCAAAUCAUAGGAAAUCCAGUGGUUUUAAAC